GAGUACGCGGAACUCGAGUCAAAUUCGUCAUCAUGGCGGCGACAGCAAAAUGAAGUGGGAAAGCUGCACCGUUUAAACAGCGCCACACGUUAUUCCGUCACUUAGACCCUUGGAAAACGUUUUUAGAAAAAAAAAAAAAGGGUCGUCGUCAUGGGCUCCGAAUAAAGGCCGUAAGCAACGAAAACGGAGUUGGAGCUGCAGCAGAAAAAGGUUUAGUAGAAGCGUCGACCCUGACUCAUCUUCCCAAGUGGUCACCAUGUCUUUGGGAGAGCCCACCUCGGACUUGGCGCCCUUCUUCUCUGAUGACAGUGAGGCGGAAGGCUCUGAGGAGCUUGGGGCUGGGUCUGGCCAGCACACGGAGGAAGAGCCAGCCAGCGGCGUGUCCGAUGUCAGAGCAAAGCUGACUGUCACUAUCCUCUGCUACAUAAACCUGCUCAACUACAUGGACAGGUUUACCGUGGCUGGUGUCCUUCCUGACAUUGAGAAUUACUUUGGGAUCAAUGAUGAGAAAUCAGGCUUGCUUCAAACUGUUUUCAUUUGCAGUUACAUGAUCUUGGCCCCCAUCUUUGGUUACCUGGGUGACCGGUACAACAGGAAGCUGAUCAUGAGCAUUGGCAUCAGUUUCUGGUCCCUUGUGACUCUUGCCAGCUCUUACACACCAAAAGACCAUUUCUGGGUGUUGCUGUUGACGCGAGGCCUGGUUGGGGUUGGGGAGGCCAGUUAUUCCACCAUCGCACCCACCAUUAUUGCUGACUUGUAUGUCAAGGAGAAACGGACGCGUAUGCUCUCCUUCUUCUAUUUUGCCAUUCCAGUGGGCAGCGGUCUUGGAUACAUUGUGGGAUCGAAGGUGGAUGAUGUAGCAAAGGACUGGCAUUGGGCUCUGCGGGUGACUCCAGGCUUAGGGCUGAUUGCAGUGCUCCUGCUGCUGUUUGUGACCCAGGAGCCUAAGAGAGGAGCUAUUGAAUCACGGCCCGAGCACCACCUGCAAAGAACCAGCUGGCUGGGAGACCUGAAAGCCCUGUGCAAAAACUCCAGUUUUGUGCUCUCCACCUUCGGCUUCACGGCGGUGGCCUUUGUUACUGGAUCUCUGGCACUGUGGGCUCCAGCGUUCCUCUUCAGAGCUGCCGUCUUUACUGGGGAGAAGACCCCCUGUGUCCAGGGGCCCUGCGACACAUCAGACAGCCUGUAUUUUGGCAUUAUCACCUGUGUCACGGGUGUUCUGGGCGUAGGCAGUGGUGUGGAGGCCAGCCGGAGGCUGAGAAAGAGGACCCCCAGGGCAGAUCCCCUUGUGUGCGCUGCCGGCCUGCUCUUGUCAGCACCCUUCCUUUACCUGGCCAUCGUCUUCGCCCAGGCCAGCACUGUUGCCACUUAUGUCUUCAUUUUUCUGGGAGAGACAUUCCUGUCUAUGAACUGGGCCAUAGUAGCUGACAUCCUACUGUACGUGGUGGUCCCCACUCGCCGUGCUACAGCCGAGGCCUUCCAGAUCGUUCUCUCUCAUCUGCUAGGAGAUGCAGGAAGUCCGUACCUCAUAGGAGUGGUGUCGGACUCCCUGAGAAAAAGUGACUCCUACCUGUGGCAGUUCCGCUCCCUGCAGCUCUCCCUGCUCCUCUGUGCCUUCGUAGCUGUGGGAGGUGGGGCUUUCUUUCUGGCCACCGCCCUCUUCAUCGAAAAGGACCGACAUCGAGCCGAGAACUACAUCCCUACAGACGAUGAACCAAUCAUUGUUCCCAAAAGUGGCCGGUCGACCAAGGUCCCCGUGUCCAGCGUUCUGAUUUGAUGGAGGAGUUUCCAAUAAGAGGGCUUCAUUCAACAUGGCUCAUUACUAAGCUAUGUUUUGUAGGACUGUGAAUGCUGUUUAGACCGUCUCCAGUGCAGAGAAAUUUUAGGCUAAUUUAUCUUUAAAAUGUUGCCAAUGUUGAGCUUUUAUGACCUUCUGUCUGGAGACAAGCUGCAGCUUCAAGGUUUGUAAUAACAUCCCUGGUUUUCUCAAUGCCAUCAGAUUCUCCAUUUUGCAAAUGGAAAUGAGCUUUACAAGGGACUUAUGGGAAAUGUACGCAGAGCAAAUUUAAAAAUGAGCACCAGACUUCCUAAAACCACCUGUGUGGUGAGAAUUGGUUGUGGAUUGACUGUAGCUCAUCCUGUUAAUUUAGCCUUCGUCAAGAAGUCACGGCAUGGAGGCUAUCACAAGCCAUGUGUCCCAGACCCUCGCCGAUAUUUCAACAGACAAUACAGUUUUAUUAAUGACUUGAUAGAACUUUUUAGGCCAAUUCUCAGUGCGUUGAAACCAGCUGACCUAGGAUUGGCCAGACACAUGGCACACAUCCUGUCCAGCCCGUCAUUCGACAGCAAAUGAAGACAGUAAGACUGUAUAAAUAAUAUAACCCAUACCUCCAGUAUAAUCACAUUAUCUGUAGUAUCAGAACCAGAAGCAGGCUGAAGCUACAGCAAUCAUUUAUCAUAAUUGAAACAAUUAUUUGAAUGUUUUUGGGUUUUUUUUAAACAAAAAAUUCUUUACUCUUUUUAUAACAUGUUUUUGUUUAAAUGGGUUUCAUUUAAAGAUGACACUAAUCAUGUUGCAGUUCUGUGCUCAUUGCCUCAAUUGACUCACUAAGUCAUUUUCACUUACCUGACCAUAGAUUUCUCAUAUAGAACACAGAAAAGUAUCCAAGCUAUGUGUCCGACAUUGGGAAGGGAAGAAUCUAUUGCAUCUGUUUGGUUUUAUUUACUGCAUCUUUUCCACAGCAUUACACCUGCUUAUAUCUGAUGCUGUUUUUUAUUUUAUUUUAUUUUAUUUUAUUUUUUGCUUUGCUGAGAUUUCAGCUGAGACCAUGGCAUCAUAACAGUUGAAAACAUUUCCAAUAUUUGAGGAUAGAUGGAAGUUAUUCACUUUCAGUUUAUCUAUUGAAUGACGGUGGACUUUGGCUGCCAUUGCAAACCCUGACUCGCUUAAACGACACGUGUUUUGAGCGCCUCAAAUAUUUGGCCUGUUUCCACACGAGGGUUUCCUCAGGUCUGUGAGGUGUUAGGUUGUGAUGUAACUAGCGAAAGACUAUCGGGUUGAGAUUUUGCUUUUCUGAAUUGACUGAAGGGAAACUAUGUAGAGAUUUCUUUAGUAAAGGCAGUUCAGAUAUAUUGUUGGAAAAAAAAACAUUAUAAAGGUUAUUUAAACAAAUGAAAAUUUUUAAAUGAUUGUUGGUAUUUCAAUUUAUUUUAGCGUAUCAUUUUAUUAUUUUUGAGAGACAUUAAACAUUGAGAUUU